GAGAGCUAAUAAAUGAGGCAAAGCUGGAGACAUUUCGCAAAUAGACUUCGCAAUGGAAGAGUCGAUGGUAAAAUAUUCGAAUAUGCUUGCGUUCUUACUAAUAUUUACAUCAACUAUAACUGCACAAAGGAUAAAAUUGAAUGCCGGUGAUGUUUGCGGUCCCUGUCAGGCGGAAGACUGCAGUUGCCAAGUAUGGUCCAAAUGUGAUAUCGUACAAAACUUGCCAGUGGCAAAUAUAACAUUUUGUAAUCGAGUAAAAGGUAUUGUAUGCUGUCCUGAAGAGCCACCAGAGCCUGAAAACUGUCAGCUAACAUCACCAGCUGAAGUUGGUGAUGUUUGCGGUCCCUGUCAGGCGGAAGACUGCAGUUGCCAAGUAUGGUCCAAAUGUGAUAUCGUACAAAACUUGCCAGUGGCAAAUAUAACAUUUUGUAAUCGAGUAAAAGGUAUUGUAUGCUGUCCUGAAGAGCCACCAGAGCCUGAAAACUGUCAGCUAACAUCACCAGCUGAAGUUGCCUGUCACGAAUUCACAAAGCAUGCGCCAGGAAAAUGUCCACAGCCCUCUAUAGCCGGUGGCGAAUUGGCUAAAAUUGGUGAAUUUCCAUCCGCAGCUUUGAUAGGUAUUUUUAAUUCAACGUCUAAUGUAACUGAUUGGAUAUGUGGUGGAACGCUUAUCAGUGAACGCUUCGUUCUGACUGCAAGUCAUUGCACUCUCAAUGGAGUACCGAAUAAAGUGCGACUUGGCGAUUUGGAUUAUAAUUCAACCCUUGAUGAUGUUGGACUCCAAGAGUUUUCCAUACUCAGUUUCAAACCCUACGACCAUUUUUCAUUUUAUCGCUACUUCGAUAUUAUGUUAUUGGAAUUGAAUGGCACCGUUACUUUCUCCAAAUAUGUUCUACCUGCUUGCCUACUCACUCCAUCUAUGAUGAAAUUCGAAACAGGACAAUAUUGGGCCGUUGGUUGGGGCCGUAUUGAUGAUACCGAAGUUUUUUCAACACAGCUGCGACGAUUUGAAUUGAAGCAUCAAACGGUCUGUAAUGAGAGUGCAAUUGAAAUGUAUUAUUUGAAACGGGAUCUGCUCGAGCGUAUAAAAUUUUGCGCUGAUGGCAAAACCUACGAUACUUGCAAUGGCGACUCGGGCCCAUUACUCAUACCAUUUCCCCAUAGUCAGGUGGAGUAUCGGUGUAUGUACAUGGUAGCCGGCAUAGUAUCAAAGGGCCAAGAGCAUUGUGGCGUUGAAGAUUUGCCUAGUGUGAUUACGAACGUUACAACAUUUGUGAGAUUUAUUGAAAGUUUCGUUUGGCCCAAAAAAUUAUUACAACAAUAAAUUGAACAAAUGCUAAUACAAUUAAAAGCAUAAAAGAAUAUAUAAGCUCGUGUGAGACAAUUGAA